AGUCUUCCUGUACACAGAGAUACAUCCAUCCACUAACUUCUGAAGAGUCAGUAGAUUUACGGAUAUUGGGGGCUUGACUGCGUCCAAGGCUAGGAGGGGUGUCUCAUCAGCCCCUGUGCCCUUUGUGGGAAUGGGGGAGGGAGAAAGGUAGCUACCCCAGAGACAAAGAAAAGGCAGCGAGCCUGCCAUGAGGAGAGGGGAGAUCCCAGCCCCUGGGGAUUGGGGAGCAGCUAGGCAGAUCCCGGCCCCUUGGGGAUUCAGGAGGGGCUGGGAAGCGGGGAGAUCCCGGCCCCUGGGGAGUGGGGAGCAGCACUAGCUCUGCCCCCGGCGCUGACGGGCUGGGAUCCCGGGAGGAGUCGGGGGCGCUGGCGGCCGGCCCGUCCCUCCGGGGCGGAGCUCUCUUCCCCCCGCCGCAGACUGUGCACGCCCGGGAGCCAGAGCGGAGCCGGCCGGAGCCCGAGCGCGGCGGCCGCGGAGCAUGGAGCGGGCAGCGCCCUGAGCCCCUUCCCCGGCGGCAGCAUGAGCUUCUCGCGGCCCCUGCGGCGCUCGGUCAGCCUGAGCCAAGCGCGGACCCUGCGGCUGGUGGUGCUGGGACAGGGCGCCGUGGGCAAGACAGCUCUAACUGUGAGAUUCAUCACCAAGAGAUUCAUAGGGGAUUAUGACCCUACUCUAGAAAUGAUUUACAGACACACGGCUGUCAUCGAUGGGGAGAUGGUGCACUUUGAGAUUCUCGACACAGCAGGACAGGAGGAAGACUCCUUGCAGAUCGAGGAAAAGAUCAAGUGGGGCGAUGGCUUUGCUGUGGUGUACUCUGUGACUGACCGGUGCAGCUUCGACGAAGUCAUGAGAAUGUGCUUCCUCAUCAACCACAUCCACUCCAGCCCCAAGCGGAGCAGCGGGAGUGACCAGCCGCCCGUGGUGAUUGUUGGCAACAAGAAGGACCUGCAGUUUGACCGGAUGGUAUCUUGUGAGGACGGUGAGAACCUCUCCAAAGCCCUGAAGCAUCCUUUCUAUGAGAUCUCCACCAGGGACAGCUACGAAGAGACAGUGGUGGUGUUCAACACCCUGUAUAACGAGCUGAUGAGACAGGGGCACUUCUCCCCGGGCUCCUUCAAGAGGAGGGCCGUAUCUAAGCUGAUGGAAAAGAUUCCAAAGAUGCAUGCCAACUCCACCCUGAACUCGGGCGGCCGGAGCCUCAGCUUCAACUCCUUCAGGGACUACAUACCAGAGUGAGCCCCUGCAUGGGCAGGGUGUGGGAGAGAACAGUGCCCCAGAGCAGCCUGGAUUGGCAAUGGACAGGCUGCAGGCUGCUUACCUUCCUGGUCUAGAGAGUGCUGUAUGUCACAAGGGUGGGUCCUUUCAGGCAUCUCUAUUCCAGGAAGGUCACAGUGCAGAUCUGUGCUGGCUUCCUACAGAGAAUUAGUAAGAGGUGCAUGGCUUAGUGGGGUUGGUGCAUCAGCCAUUCACCUGUAAAGCCUGAGGGUUUACUUCCUUGCUUAGGAUCAGCAGUGAAAACUCAUUUGGGAGGGUCUCCCUCCUCCUCCUCCUCCUCAUCCCCAUUCUGUGCACAUCACAAACUGCCACCGAAUUUAACACAAUUGGCAGGCUCCACUCGGGAGAGGCUGGGGACCGCUGCAGGCUCGGACUGAGGUGCAGACCUGUGUGGGUGCCCAGGCCAUGGUUACCAGGGUCUGCUGUAGGGCAAAAUCGAGAUGCAUUGGUGGAAUUGGCAGGAAGCUUGCACAGCACAUGCUGUCAUUCUGCCUGGCUGUUGAUCACUCUGUUCCAUGAACACAACAUCCACAACUUAGGCCAAAUAGUGUACAUUGGAUUUGUCAAAGCAGGUCAGACCAAGGGUCCAGCCAGCCGUGUCUGCUGUCUCUACCGGUGACCAACACUGGAUGCUUUGCUUACAUACAUUUGUUGGUGUAUGGAUGCCACUAACCAGGAAAGUAGCCAGAUCCCGCUUCAGCAAACUUAUUUAAAGUGUUUCCAGCAUUCUCUGCCCUCAGCCCAUUUCCCACACUCACUUUGGAUCUAAUUCUGCACCCAUCAGAACCAAUGGCAAAGUUCUCAUUGACUGCAGUGGUGCAGAAUGAAGCCCUUAGUGCCUUGGAGGUCACACCAUUGUGACCCACCAGCUUAGUUUGACUCUCAAAGACUUGCACACAAACACUCAGCACUGAAUGUUUCACUCCACCUGCACUCUGCUCCCUUCAGAGUGCCAUGCAGAUCCUCAGUGACUACUUUGGUGGGCAUGGGGAGCCUAUUGACACAGAUAUCAUGUGGCCAUAUAGAGACAAGAGCCUUAUUUCUGACCAUCAUAAAUGUCUUAGAUGUAUGUCUUUAGCUCGGAUGAUGGAGAAACUAUCAAAGGACCUUGUUUUCCCUCUUACAGCUCUCCAGGCUUUUUAUUCAUUUUUUUUACCCUGAAGAAAAUAAAUCAAGUGAGAAAAGAAGAACAAAGUCUGUGUGAAAAGUGCCAACAGGGGUGCCAUCAGUUUGAAAUUGAGUUGAUUUCAAAACAGAAAUUAAAAGUAGUUUGGUGCCCUACCCCUGCCUACCUGCCAGUCUGGUUUUUCAAUCCUAUUUCUCUGUUAGUGUUUACAAUUUUUGUCUUUCUCAUGGCUGUCUGAAAGAGUCACAGAAACCGGGAAAACUGACUAGCGGAUAUACAGAAAACCAUGUACAAAAUGAAAUAAACUGAGAAGACCGACACUUUCCUGGAAUCUCUUUCACAUGGAGUGUUCUUAGGUUUCACUUGUAACAAUAAUAAGGGACAACUUUGGGACAGAAAUGGGAUUUUCAAGUUGGCAAUAUCGCUGUGAGAGUUGCAUGAUGGGAAUCCAGCCGUCGCUCUCCACAGGGCUGGGAGCAAGGCAUUCUGAUAUUAAGGUGUGUGUGCUACAAAGACACAGACAAAAGGAGACUUAAUGGCUACAGGGUCUGGAGCUCUUCACUUCUAGGAUGUUGGUAUGACCUUCCCCCACCCGACUCCCAGCUGUGAUGGGUAGUAACCAAAAGAUUCCAUUUGAACCUUAUGAGUGGAAGGAUGGUCUAGUGGUUAGGGUGCUUGCCUAGGAGAUCUAGGGUCAAUGCCCUGCUCCGCUACAGGCUGCGUGACUUUAAGCAAAAAGCUUAAUCUCUCUGUGCCUCAGUGUCCCACCUGUGAAAUGGAAAUAAUAGCACAUUCCCUACAUUGCAGGGGUGGUGUGAGGAUGUUAAAGAUGGUGAGAUGCUCGUAUGCCCCAAUAACAGGGGCCAUACAAGUAGAUAGAUUUGAUUUAAAAAAAAAAUGUGCUGGCUGUUCAGUAGCCUGUUUGAGCUGUUGCAAUCCCAGCGUUGCCCACUAAUUACUAGUGACGCCUUGACUAUAGAACGAAUGUUCUCUCUGCUUUAUUUUUCUGCAUUUAAAUGAUAGCCAUCUCCCUUCCUGUCUGUCAGGCACUGACCCUGGGGCUUGCACUACAGGGCAAUGUUUAAUGUAAAAGAGAAAACUGUUUACAGUGGCAUUGUUUUGAAAAUAUGCCUAUUAAUCCCAGGUUUUGUGAAACCGUUUUUGGCUUAAGCUACUUGAGAGGGUGCCCUUUAAAUAGCCCAGUAAUCAACAUCUUAGGCUAGGAAAGGCAACGAUUUCAGAUUUUGCUGUCCCACUUCAGCCUAAAAGAACCAGGCACAUUUUAAUGUGGUGGGGUGGGUUGUGUUUUUUGUUGUUGCGGUGGUUGCUGCACUCUUUGCUGAAUCUGUGCAUCUUGUGUUCUUUGUCUCACUUUGGGUCCUCCAUCUCCUAGGGGAGGGAUAUACAGGCUUUUUGCACAUUCUUAAUGAAUCUAGCAUUUGAUUUUAAUUUCCAUAUCACUUCUGAUGAACAGAAUAUUUUUAUAGGAUCUGCAGCUAAUGUCUCCAGACCUAGGCCCGUUAAGAGACUCUGUCAAUCCAAGAGGAUUUUUCAUUUUAAACACCAUCUGUUCCCUGCUGAAUUUUCUUAGAAGCCAGAAUGUGUGUACUCUCCUCUACUGCCAGUCUCUGUAGAAUGCAUUUGAACGACUGCGCAUCACAAAUCAUAGAGACUGCAUUUCCAGUGAGACCCAUACUGAAACCUGUGCUAACAAUCGCUUGGUAACCACACUCAUCAAUCCUAGGAGCCAAUGAAAUAUUAAUCUCUGUGGCAAUUACUCCAUCUUAAUGGCAUUGGUUUAUAGCGUGGUU